UUGGAUUUGAUUAUUAGCCUAGAUGUUUUGAAUUGAAGUUUGUUGUUAGUUUCCAGUUUGAGUUUGUUUUGUUUGCAAAUUGCUGAGGAGGAGGAUUUUCAGACUUUGACUCGAUUUGAUUUGGUUAGUCAAUACAGUAGAACUAGAAUUAAAGCCUAUUGACUUGACAUGGUGUGGUGACUGGGUGAGUCACACCACACAGUUACAGUUCACAGUCAGUAGAGCCAACGCCAAUAUUUCUGUUCAAGGAAAGGAUUUGAAUGUUUGUCCUCGUAGGCCUCUUGGUGUCCAUAUGAUUUGGGUUUCUAAUAAAAACAACCGGUAAAUAACGUAAACUAAAAAUGCCGACCGUUAAAGAACCAAUCCAGGUGUAUUGCCGCUUGCGACCGCUGAAUGACAAUGAGGUGCCUUGCCUCAAAGUUGUAUCACCGUCAACAGUCCAGAUGUCACCCCCUGAAAAUGCUGUCAACUAUCAAAAUGGAUAUGUCAAAGAAACACAGCACACUUUUAGCUAUGUUUUUGAUAGCGAUGCCUCUCAAAUGACAGUUUUUAACAAUGUUGCUCUUCCUUUGGUCGAUGGGGUCUUACAUGGUAAAAAUGGACUGUUGUUCACUUAUGGAAUUACUGGCAGUGGCAAAACAUACACCAUGACUGGAACACCAAGAGAAUCAGGUAUCAUGCCCAGGGCAUUGGAUGCAAUAUUCAACAGCAUUGGCCAUCUACAAGCCAAGAAGUGUGUGUUCAAACCUGACAGACUCAAUGGUUUUGAAGUUCAAAGUGAUGAUGAUGCAAAAAUGGACGGCAUCAACGAAAUUCACUCUCAAGUUUUGACUUGUAAAACCCCAAGGAAAUUUCAUAGACAGGAGAGUGAUUGGGCCAAUAGGAUUGCAGAGGAGGUUAAAAUAGAAGAUGUUCAUGAAGACAACAUGUACGCUGUGUUUGUAACUUACAUCGAGAUCUACAACAAUUCUGUAUUUGAUCUUUUAGAUGAGAACUUUGAAGAACUCUCUAGGGGCAGAGGUCCACAGAGCAAGUUGGUCCGAGAAGACGGAGCCAAGAACAUGUAUGUUCACGGGGUCACAGAAGUUGAGGUGAAGAGCACAGACGAUGCUUUUGAGGUGUUUAACAAGGGUUUACGCCGGCGGCGAAUGGCGCACAACACGCUGAAUGCCGAGUCUAGCCGCAGUCACUCAGUGUUCACUGUGCGGGUGGUCCAGGCGCCGCUGGACGCUUGUGGGGAGACUGUGAUGCAGGACAAGCGUAGGAUCAGUGUCAGUCAGCUGUCCUUUGUGGACCUGGCCGGCAGUGAGCGCAUGAACCGAACAAACACCACGGGGCAGCGGCUCAGGGAGGCUGGGAACAUUAACAACUCCCUGAUGACUCUACGCACUUGCCUGGAGAUUUUACGAGAGAACCAAGCCAAUGGCACAAACAAGCUGGUACCAUACAGAGACUCCAAGCUGACUCAUCUGUUCAAGAACUUCUUUGACGGGGAGUGCAUCGUACGUGUCAUCGUGUGUGUCAACCCUAGAUCAGACGACUAUGACGAGAACAUUCACGUGAUGAAGUUCUCUGAGAUGAGCCAGGAAGUGCAAGUGGUCAAACCGACACCUCUGCGAAAUAUUGACAACUUGCCAGCUGGCCGACGAAGGGCAAACCAGAUUUUUAAACGUGCAAUGGCUAAUCUGAAUGAAGUCAACAAUGAGAACAUUCCAAUUGAUGUUGGUGUCAAUGCUGUCUACAGCCUAGCCUCCCAGUUCCCUGACCUCUGCCUGAUGGGGCCCGAGGAUGACAGACUGUUAAAGAACCUGAUGACAUUCCUGGAAGUUGAAAUAGCAAGAAAUAAAAAGAUGGACGUCGAACUUAAAGCCAAAGAAAAGGAAUUCCGUGAUGUUCUGAUGAAGAGUGAGGAGGAGUUACUAAUACUAACACAUAAAAGCAGUUUACUCUCCUCGGAAGUUGGAACUUACAAAGAAAAGAUUGCCAAUCUGGAAUCACAACUUGACAAGAAGGAGGUUGAACUUGCAUCACUGAAGAAACAAAACUCUGGUUAUGAGAGGGUCAUCAAGAGAUUGCAAGAGGAUCUUCACGAAAAAGAUGCUGCUCUUAACAGACGACUACAGGAUAGGGAGAGAGAAAAACAGAGGUAUCAGUCCAAGAUCGCACAGACUGCUGAGAAACUAAACCAGCAAAUGGACAAGAAACUGACAGAUCAUAAGAGGAAGAUGGAGAUGGAGAUUAAGAACAAGGAUCGUAAGUUGCAGCAGGUGAAACGUAUCUUGUCAGACGAGUAUUUGAACACUCCCACUCCUCGGUCACUGGACACUCCCAGUGCAUACAAUAUACGGACACCGUCUACUACUGACUGUAUCACCACCCCUUCCAGUGUCACAGUCCGCAAACGGGCUGCUAUGUACAACACUCCAGCUCCUGCGACUCACACCAGAACACCAGCAGUCAGCAACCCACGCUUCCGCAGGUCCAGAUCAGUAGGAGAGGAUAGGUGGCUGGAACACAGACCUCGUGCUCCUGUAUCUCUCAACACUGUACUGCAACCUCACCUGCCUCGCCGCAGGAGUAUUACACGUCUGACUGACCCUAGUGAUCUCAACAACAAGGAGAAGUAUUGUCUGAUGACACAGGAGCAGGACAGUGACGGGGAUCUGGAGACCUGCUUUUACAAGGGUGAUGUUAUUCCCACUUGCAGUGGCGGAGCUCAGGUGAUUUUGAAUGAUGUGGAAAUUUUAAAACAAAAGUCGCCCGCCGACUCCCCUACUCGCAAACGCAGCAGCAACUAUGUUCAGGAGAAUACGCAAGAAAAGUGUAUUAUAUCCAUCGAAGGCCACGCCAAGCGGUCCAAACACUAGGCUUUCAUCAAGUGAUAAGUUGCUCUCUUUAUAUAUCAUGUUUAUACUCCUUUGAAUUUUAUUUCGUAAUUUGAUAUUUGGAUGUAUCAGUACUUUCAAAUAUAGAUUUUAAUGCAAUAACGGCCUAAUCAAGUGUUAAACAACAGUGAUUAAGGGCAGGUACACCUUAUAACAGUAUUUUUACGGUUAACACUCACUUUAUCUUAAAGACUCACUUUUUUAUGUCAUAUAAAGCUCUCUUAUAAUUAUUGUGAAACGUUUACAAUGGUUCUGUGAUUUGAAUAAUAUAACUUUGUUGUGGCUAUGUGGCACAAAUUCUAAAUAUAAACUUGGAUUUAUAGUUUAACUUAGCUUAGAAAUGAAAGAAAACUAUCUGGGUUUCAGUGUAAACUGAACUGAACUUUUUUAUAUUUUCAUGAAUUCUCUACACUACAUUUUGAAGUGCCUGAUUAUGUACAUAGUUUUGUAUUAGAGACAUAGAAGUAAAGAACUUCAAAAAAAAAAAAAAACUACCAUGCUAGAAUAAAUUAUUUUACACUAUUAUCUUGUUAGUUCCUGGUACCGAAGAGUUUCAAAAAUGUAUACAUUCAUUGUUAUUAGGAUUUCUUGGUGAAUAAUUUUAGUCCAAAAGUUCGAAACCGAACAAGUAGCAUAAUUUUGUAUUUUUGAUAUUGAUACAUUUAAUAGCACAUACAUAAACUUAUUUUAGAAAUUUAAAGGUUUGAAAGUCAUCCAUUUUACCAGACUGACUGUUUCAUUAUUUUUUUUUUUGUAGAUUUUCUGAUAAAUUAGCUUGUAAGAUAAUGCAAUUCUAAUGAGAUAGAUUUCAAGAAUGUUAUGAUAAAUUGUCAAAAGUGUUUUAGUUGCAGACAAGUAUCAUGGGAUUCACAUUUAAAGAUUGGCUUAAGUAUAUUAUUUUUAACGUACAAUCCAGAAAUAUACACAUAGAACUACUCUUUUGUUACUAACUCUUGAUCUUUUCAAAAAUAAAAAUCAUUGUGCCAUUCAAACCAUAAAGAUUUGUCCAUUGUAUAUUGUCUAAGUCUAGUAUUUUGACUAUUUUAAAUAGCUUACACUUUAUAUGCCUUAGUAAAAAAUAAAAGUAAUUAAAUGAUGUAACAAAGAAACAUGUGUUAAAUAGCUAGAUUAUAUUUUUAAGUGAUAAUAGAGUGUGUAGGCUAUUAAACUGUUAAUUUUUACUAUUGGUAGUUCGAUAGCCUGAAUAAUUAGUUUUAACUGCUGCUCUCUUAAAACCAUGACAUAUUGAACAAAAACUGUGUAAAAAUGUGUUAUAUUUGUAUUUACUAUUAUUUCAGAGAUUACAUAUUUUAAAUAAACUUAUAGCAGUUAUUUUCUACAGA